GCCGGGGCGGGGUGCCGGCGGCGGCUGCCGGCACAUUCCGGGCAGGCGCACUGGGCGGCAUUGCGAGCGCGGAGCCCAUGGAGGUGGCGGGGCCGCAGCCGGGGCCGGGCCCCGCGGCUGAGCCGCAGCCGGGAGCCGAGGAGAUUGACAUGUCCCUGGAUGACAUUAUAAAACGCCACAGGAAAGAGCAAACAGAUGCCAGCACCACGGGGGACAACCAAAGGCAGCAGGCCAAGAACAGAAAUUCAGCGUACAGGUACGGGCGGCCCCGUUUCCGUGCCUGGAUGCAGAGGAAUUUGCAAGGACCUAACCGUUUUAGAAGAGGGUUUGGACAACAACAAUACAAUCGGAGGCAAUUCAGGAAUACUGUGCCCGGUCCCAGGAGAAGAGCAGCUGCUGCAUUAAAUGGAGUGAGCCCUUUAAAUCGCCAGACAUCAGUUCAAGAGGGAAACAAGAACAACGAUGCUUUCGCCAAAAGCAGCAGCAAUGGGCAGCUGGAGGGACGGCGAUGGCCACCCCCAGGCCCCAAGAGAUUCAGAGCAGCUGCUGCCAGCACCAGUGCCCCAGUGAAAAGCAGGCCUUUCCUGCUAAAGAGGGGACCAGCCUUCCAGCAGAAGCAGACGCAGCAGCGGUUCUCCAAAGCCAACUUUCAGAGAGGGCAGAUGGAUGCUAAUAGAGAAGGGAAACCACCAAGGAGGAGAAGGUGGCAAGUGAAGCCCAGCCCUGGAGCAGUUCUGACGGUUUCUGUGGCUAAUCCCCAGGCGGGCCAGACCGGCACGCCCAGAUCCAAGCGCCCGUUCCUGCGACGCCAGAGGCCCCCGCUGCACACAGCCAAGCCCCAGCCCAAAGGAGUGCCGCUGAGAUUCAACUUCCGUGCAAUGGCCAACCAGACCAGCCUGACGCUGGAUGAGAGGUUCUCUGGUCUGAGGAAUAAGAGGCGCUUUACAGCAGCCAGGAGCACCGGCCGGAGGGUCACCAUGCCUUAGCACCACGUGCUCAUCACAGGGACUGCCCAAAACAGUCCAGGCCCCAUAAUGGGCAGCUCAAUAAAACUCAAUAUAUUUCCUCUGAGAUAGCUAAUUUGGCAAUGUGCCGUCUCCUUCCUUACACGCAGAAUGAAUGAGUGAUUUCGGGCAGAGAUGAGGCAGGAGUUGAGUUGGGGCCAGAGCACAGGGCAGGUGUGACAUGAGCAGGGUGGUGGAGGAGGGUGAGCUGAGAUGGAUUUGCUGGGAGCGCUGUGGUGGGGAGCUGUGGGGCUGGCACCAGCCCUGUUUCCCUGCCAGGGCACCCUGUGCUGUCUGGGGUGACUCCCAAGAGGGAGGGGGGACCAGCUCCAAGCCAUACCUGUGGAGCCUUUCCUGUGUUGUGCCAUGGGUGGGACAGUGUUGAGGACACUGUGUCUGCCCACAUGGGAUGCAAACCAGGGAGCAGAGCAUCUGCAGGGCUGAGGGAUGUGUCCCAGCAGUGGCACUGGUGGGGAUGCUCCAGCUGCUUGUGUUCCCCAGCAUCCACCUAAUUGCCCAAUUUGUUGUGCGUGCAGGGAUGCCUGCACAGAGGUUUGCAGUGUAAGACCCCUUCAUCCCAAAAACGUUCUUGCUCUGCCCCGACAGUCAGGCCUGAACACCUUGUAUUUCUAUUUGGUUUGCUGUGCUGUUCUGACUGCUGCUGCUGGCCUGGUUGUGGGACAGGGUGAGACGUGCUGUGCCACUGGAGUGACUGUCCUCGGUGCGGAGCACAAACAGGCAGCACUAGCCCAAAUCAGGUUUUCCAGUGCUGCAGUAGUUCUGCAUUAGGGAUUUUGUAGUUGCAGCUCCACCUGUGCUCAAAGCAUUGGCAUAAUCAAACUAGGAGCUGCAGAAGGGAGGCCAGGAUCUACAGCAGUCUUAUAAACAUUGGCUGAGAUGUUAAUGAGCUGGGUCUAGACAUUUAUUAACGAAGCCCUGCACCAACCAUGAGUCAGUGAUCCAUUCUCCACCCACUACUGCAACCUGGCACCGAACACACUGAACACAGCCUGUUUCUGAACUCUAAGCUACACUUAUUAAAGUAAAUAUUUGAUAGGCUGCUUUACAUUGUACACGAAGUGUCUUUAACAAGAGACUGGACUUGGUAUUGGUUUUAUAGGAAUGUGUGAAAUGUUGUUAGUUGAUGAAGCGGUGAUGUACGAGUUCAAUGCACUGAAUAAAAAAACUAACUUGUCAAA